GAAAAGGGCCGGCCCAGACGGACUAAGUUGCGACCUUUCUCCGGUUGCCCGACGACAAACACCCGAACGUCCACCGGAGCUCCGACCAUCCUCCGUCGUCGCCACUAGGACCGCCUUUGCCGACCGGAGAGCGAAAAUCUUCAAGUUUGAUCUGAAGUUUCCUGCUUGUUUCAAUCUACCACACAUCCUCCAUGGUCUUGAAGAUUCGACGAUCUUUUGGUUCUGUCGUGAUACUAUAAUUCUGUUUUAGAAUUUAGAAGUGAUCGGACCAAUUGGAAUCUGAUGAAGCAUAUUUUCAAGAUUAUUACCUUACUGGUGGCAAUCUCCGCCUUGUGGAUUGGUCUCCUGCAGAUGUCUUUAGUUCCACGAAGUCACACUUGGUUGCUGCCUAUAUAUUUCAUUGUUUCACUAGGGUGCUAUGGUUUGCUGAUGGUUGGCAUCGGUCUGAUGCGUUUCCCUACUUGUCCUCAAGAAGCAGCACUGCUGCAGCAGGACAUUUCUGAAGCCAAUGAGUUCUUGAAGCAAAGAGGGGUCGAUGUUGGCUCUGACUAGGAACAAUUUCUGGAAUAGAGGGAACCUUUUAGAUUACAUUUACACUCAAUUUUACGGCAAAUGGGAGCCCCGGAACUGACGAAUAUUAGAUGAUAUGCUUACCUGGUGAGACCUUGUGGUAGAAUUGUGGAGAUGGAAUUUUUUGUAAGAUUCUUUUGUUGGUCUGCUUCUAAAAAAAUGUAGCUGAUAUUCUGAAUCUCUGCUUCAUUGGAAGCAAAUACAUUGACACUCUCUUUUCUUGUGCGGAAGACGAAAUGGAGUAAUCGGUUUGAGGUUUCAUGA